AUGACAUACUAUCUGGAGUCUUCUGCUACUCCUUGUAUCUUCUUAAUUAUAAUGGAAGUAGUAACUUCCACAAUUCCUGGCAAUCCUCCUCUUAUCCGCGAUCCCAUUCUCGAUGCCCAGCUUAAACGCCUUCGGGAAGAAAAGCAGAAUCUCUUGGCCUCAGGAAUCUACUACGAAGAUGACGAGAUAAUCAUGGACUUGGAUAAAGAGAUUCAGCGCCUACAAGUUGCUAUCACAAAUAGCGCAUAA